UCUGCUUUACACUUUGCCAAGUAAAGAACCUCUCCGAAGUAAAGAGUCUCUUACUACUUUUUGAAAGCAGCAAAAAAAAUUAGAAUGUGGAAACUGUUUAUUUUAUCGGUACUGUUUUCCGCACUGGUAGUAUCUCCAAUGCCACAGGAGCACUAUCGAGUUGAGAAUCCCAUUCCCCUCUCAGCAUUGCGAUCGUGGGAGAAGUUUUUUGAAGAGCAAUUUGAAUCACCGGAAAUCACGCCAGAGACAAACAUUGCCCCCUCUCCUACUCCAAUUUUACCACAACCGGCAAUUCCAGCGGCGCCAGUUGUACCUCAAAUUGUGGCAGUCGAUGUUUCAGCAGGUUUCGAAACUUCGGCGAUUCCACUUCAUAAAGAAGUCGAAGAGAAAGGAAGAAAAAACGUGACGGAAUCAUAUCCUUCGCCAUUGGCCGUUGUGGAAGAACAACUGAACCGUCUGAAAACCGAAUCUAACAGAUUAGCCGUUCAAUUCGAUUCGGCCAUAAAUGCUCGUGACAAGUUGAGAAGAAUGCAGGAAAGUGGACAAGACGAAAUGUGCCCCACCUGGGUACCCGGAUCAUACGGGGAUAUUCCCCUGGGGGCGUACGUUUCCGGAUAUGAGAACAAGGGAUUGCACGAUGGCAAGAAGGUAUUCGUCGCUAGGGCGGUGUUUAAUCAAUCCUUAAUCCCAGGCAAAGUCGUGACCGGACAUUUGGCCGCCUAUGUUGGAUAUGGACCGUGGGAAAUGAGCUUGUUCAACUAUGAGGUCCUUGUCUCAUCCGCGAACUAUUUGGAGUGGAUUGGAUACAACUUAAUGCAAAAUAAGAGCCUUUCCAAUACCCCCUUAAUUGGAGGAUGGGACGAUAACGGGGAUCCCAUCCUGAUUGGGAGGGCAUCCUUUGUAGAUCCGGAUAUUUGGUCGAGUGAACAAAAUCUUGAGGUCGGAGCAUUUUACCCGGGCCGGGCAGAAUUGGAAAUCACCUACAAGUACAGAUCCUACAUUAAAACUAGCGACAUUGAGAUUUUAAGCGUGCUCACUAAAUUUGGGUGUGGGAAAGACCAAUGAAAUUUUUUUCAGAAAUUAAUACUCGUGCCGGGUGGAUAUCUACAUAAUAAUAUGUAGAAAUUAUUUACAUAUCUGAAAAACAGGGCACCUUACUGUUUACUGUAGUUUAUUCAAGUGUCGCGAAUCAUCAGUUAUACACUGCUUUUCAGAUCAAGAAACAAUAAUAAAAAUUUGUAAUAUUCUACAUAUGCAUGCACCUACUAGAUAACUUCACCCAUUUGUAUUUCUAAGUUACUACGUUCAUACAUUUUCAUUAAUUUCUA